CUCUUCUUUACUAACCGCUGCGUCUGUUGGGUGGGUCACCAACUUCUGUUUCUCCUGCAAUGCUACGUUGCGUGUUGGCCUGAGCGUGGUUUAGGCGUGCACAUGGCAGGGCAGCAGCGGGCGGAAUAAAGAACUACGGGUGCCUCAAUAUGGACCAUUUCGCGCAGCCGACGCUUCUGUAAACAAGUGAGAUUUACGCGAUAUGCGAUAAUGGUCGGGGUGCCAGGUCGCUCCAAGGGCUGUGCAACAUGCAGGAGAAGGAAGAAGGGUUGUGAUCUAAAACGUCCCACUUGCGGUCAGUGUCUUCAGCGUCAGGUGUAUUGUGAAGGUUACGAACCCGACCGCGUUUUCGUCACCAGCAAGUAUCUUGCAUCCCCUCCAGCCAGAUUGAAGGACUGUCAAGGUGCCACAUUGGAUCUCGUCGCAUUUUCGGCCUCUACUUAUCAAGUCCUUCUUCCCACUCUUGCGCGAACCGCGUUCAGAACGCAAAGCGUGGAGUCCGUAUUCAAACUGUUUCCUUCGCCCCACGAUGCGCGAGGCUCAUUGUUGAUCAAACAGCUAUCUCAAGUUCUGGCAUCUUCAAAUGCUCGAGAAGAGGCACUUCGUCAAACGAUCUUUGCCCUUGGCUUAGUCACACUUGGAAAAGAAUCAAAUGAUGAGGUCAUACUCUACAAAGGCCGAGCAUUAUACGGUAGAGCGCUCCGUGAGCUUAAUUCAACGCUUUUAAGUUCUAGGGCGCAGAUUGAAUCAUUGCUUAUAACGACGAGGCUAAUGGGUCUCUUUGAAAUACUCUAUGGUGCGGAUGAAAGCGCGUGCACGCAGACUCAAGAUUGGACAAGUCAUGCUCACGGAGAAGUCGCUUUGAUCAUUUCAAGAGGAGCUGAGGCUUUUACAGAGGGGACUGCGCAUGCUCUGUUCACGCUGGCACGAUAUAGUGCUGUCGUCAUCGGUAUUCGAUCUCGAAAAAAUAUCGUUUUCAACGAAGAGGCUUGGAAGACAAUUCCGUGGCGAGGGAGAGAGAAGACCGCAAGCGACACCAUCGUGGAUAUUCUUCUGGAGCUUCCGGAGAUACUCGAAGGACUGGAUAAUCUCAAUCACAUACCACCAGAUGACUGUUGUAACAAAACAAGGCUGGCUAUAGCAGAGAAGUGUUGGACUGUGCAUCGCAGUUUGAUCGCGUGGGCUGUAGUAAACUCACACCUGAUCUACACACCUGACACCUGGAAGCCAAUUCCUAUCAAGUUUCCCAACUUAUACGUGGCGUCGAUCUCAUCUCUUGAUUGUGUCUUACGCUCCCCCGUCCAACAAUUCGCCCGCCUUAUAACACGGUCUAUGCCCUGGCUUCUAAGGAAGGACAACGGCGCACUUGGCCCCUACACUGCGUUAUUUCCACUUAGUACAGCUAUCAUGUACAUGCAGCAAAGCGAGAUACCAGAUCCUGAUUAUAUGAAGCUGGUGUUCGCCGCCUGGAGCAACCCUGGAUUGCCAAGCUGUAUCAAGAUGAUCCUAGCUAGAUCAAAUCACAAAGGCUAG